AUGCGCUCCUCCAUCAUUCUACCCGCCCUCUUUGCCUUGAGCUAUAGCAUGCUGGCGCUCGCCCUCCCUGUAUCACACGUUAACACGCUCACAGACCCCUACGCCCACACGCUCAGCUCGAUGAACAGCCCGCCCACCCUCUUUGGCCGUCAGAUGAUCAGGCCGGACUGGAGGAAUGCGGUUGCCCCAGCAGCUGUAGGCGAGCGGGAGUGA